GGAGAUUUCCCACUGCGCAGCUGUCCUGCGCACAGCAAUGGCCGACUGAAUGUUUUUUCGACACGUCAGCUUAGAAUAUAACCAGAAAAUCGCCCGUUUUACUGCUUAAACUUGCGAUUUAAGUGACGGGAUGGAGGAACAGCAAGGCGGAGUCAUUGGGGAUGAGGGUGGACAGUGGGUGGAGGACGUAGCGCACCCAGAUCUGUCUCAGAAAGACCCGACAAUCGUACAGGACACCUACAAAAUAGUGAGAGGUUUGCUGACUCAGUACGGAUGGCUGGUGUUGUUUGUUAUCAUCGUGCUGAUGUACCUGAAGAGUAAACUCAACCCUUACCUGGAACAGUACAGGAGGAAGAGGGAGAACGCCACCAACCAGGCCUCUUACAAUCCGGACGUGGCCCUGUCCAGACAAGAGGCAAUGGAACAGGCUCGCCUGAGGAUGCAGCAGAGACAGGAUGCACUGGCAGCACAGUAUGCAGAGGAACAGAGAAAGAGGGAGGAGGCAAAGCGGCAGGAAAAAAUAGACGAGUGGGAAAAACUGCAAAAAGGCAAAGGAUACCACUCUAAGACCAAAGGUCACCAGACUGAUGAAGCAAGUGGAGAGUCUAAACCAAAACCUCAGCCUAAGAAACGUCUCAGAGAUGGUUUUAACCCCAUGACAGGACAGGGUGGGGGCUCGUCUCGCUGGCGACCGUCACCAAGGGGCGGGGCACGUGGGGGCGGAUGAGGUUAAAGUUUGUGUGCAUGGACCAUAGUGCACUUUGGUUCAGUCCAGCCUAGUUUCACCGCUUUCCUUCUUUUCUGUCAUCCUUCCAUUUUGCUAAUCUUGAAGGCAUUCCUUGCCUUUGUUUGAGGUUUGCUUUCUUUGAAUUAUUCAUCUCCCCUUGAAAUUGAUUUCUUUAGCUGGACGCCAAAUGCCUGUGUGUUUGCACACAAAGUCAGCUCCUCCUUUCCAAUAGACAGCAACAUCUUUCUACAAAUCCCACA